AUGGCAUCAAAGCUCGAAGGCGAUCUUACCUGUCCUGUGUGCCGAGUCAUCUACAAGGAUCCUGUCAUACUGACGUGUGCUCACAGUGUGUGUAAGGCCUGUCUGCAGCAGUUCUGGGAGAAGAAAGGAUCCAGAGAAUGCCCCUCCUGCAGGAGGAAAUGCUCAAAAGACUUGCAUCUUCCCAACAUGGCGUUAAGAAACCUGUGCGAGUCCUUCUUACAGGAAAGGAGUCAGAGAGCUUCAGCAGGGUCUGAGGUGAUCUGCCUUCAGCACAGUGAGAAACUCAAGCUCUUCUGUCUGGACGAUAAAGAAACUGUGUGUUUGAUCUGUCGAGACUCAAAGAAACAUCAAAAUCACAAGUUCAGUCCCGUAGAUGAAGCAGCACUUGAACGCAAGGGGGAGCUCAAGAUCAAACUGCAUUCCUUAAAGGUGAAACUGAAGGCAUUUGAAGAAGUGAAACUCCUCUGUGACCAAACAGCUGCUCACAAUAAGAGUCAGGUCCAUAACACUGAGAAGCAGAUCAAUGAGGAGUUUGAGAAGCUUCACCAGUUUCUGCGAGAUGAAGAGGCAGCCAGGAUAGCUGCACUGAGGGAGGAAGAGGUGCAGAAGAGUCAGAUGAUGAAGGAGAAGAUCGAGAAGAUGAGGAGAGAGAUCUCAUCUCUAUCAGAAUCAAUCAGAGCCAUAGAAGAGGAGAUGAAAGCUGAUGAUGUCACAUUCCUCCAGAACUACAAGAGCAUGUUGAAAAGAGCCCAGCGCACACAGCAGGAUCCAGAGAGGCUUUCAGGAACUCUGAUCAAUGUGGCAAAGCACCUGGGCAACCUGAAGUUCAGAGUCUGGGAGAAGAUGCAGGAGAUUGUUCAAUUCACCCCUGUUACUCUGGACCCCAACACUGCACACCCACAACUGAUCAUAUCUGAGGAUCUGACCAGUGUGAGGCUUGGUGGUGAGAGACAGCAGCUUCCUGGUAACCCAGAGAGAUUUGACCUGGGUCGCUUUGUCCUGGGCUCAGAGGGUUUUAACUCAGGGACUCACGGCUGGGAUGUGGAGGUUGGGGACAACACGUGGUGGACUGUGCACCUAUCUGUAGCUCUCCUCAUAGAGGUGUGA